AUGUCCCCUGGAAGCUCUUCUCAGAUCUUGGCUCGCAAGAAAAGGAGAGGGAUUAUAGAGAAGAGACGCAGAGACCGGAUCAACCACAGCCUGUCAGAGCUGAGGAGGCUGGUGCCGAGUGCCUUUGAGAAACAGUUGGAGAAGGCUGAGAUUCUACAAAUGAGUGACCACCUCAAACUCUUACACGCCAUGGGAGGGAAAGGGUACUUUGACGCGAGGGCCCUGGCGGUGGACUACAGGACCCUGGGCUUCCGGGAGUGCGUCGGGGAGGUGGUCCGGUACCUCAGCUCCAUGGAGGCGGGCGCCGAGUCCCCGGACCCCGUGGGGGCCCGCCUGGUCUCCCACCUCUCCCACUGUGCCAGCGAGCUGGACCCUCUGCUCCUGCAGUCCCACCCGCUUCCCGCCGCCCUGCCCUUCCCCCCCUGGCCCUGGGCCUCCUUCCCCCAGAUCACCGCCGCCUCCCCCUCGCCCGUCUGCCCCCCGACCCCCUUCCACAUGGGCCGCCGGGAGCUGGCCCUGCUGGGGGGCUACCGGCUACCCGUCGCCCGCCUCCCACCGCCUCGGCCCAUGGCCGGCUGCCAGCACGGCCCCCCCCACUUGAUGCCCCCCGCCGGCCUGCCGGCGCCGCGCCGGGCGUCGAGCUCCCUGCCGACCUCCCCUCCCCUCCCCCCGUCCCCGGCCCACCGCGGACAGCAGCAGUCGCCCCACUCCUCCUCCUCCUCCUCCUCCUCCUCCGCCUCGCCUCUCUCCUCACCCCUCCCUCCUCCAAUUUCUCUCGCCUACUCUGUGUCCUCCUCUUCCUCCUCUUCCUCCUCCUCCUCCUCCUCCACUCCACAGCAGGUCUCCUUCAGGCCCUUCGCACCCAUGGGGUCUCCCACGGCCCAUCGCAGGGGCCCCAACGGCUCGGCCAAGUCGGUGAAGUGGAGUACGGAGAUCGGGGCGUUCUGACGGUGCACACGCACACGCUCUCUCUCUCUCUCUGCGCUCCGCAGCAGGGCUGAGAGAGGAACAAUACGUCUCGAAGCUUCGAGGACUCAAAAGCCAUAUCAGGGGGAAAGACGGUCCGAAGAUCCAGAACAAUCAACCGUCAUGGAGAAAAGAGAAGACGGGGAGAAAUAUAGCCUAUAAAAAGAGCCAUAACUAAUAACUCUUAAUAGAGGACGGAAGGGGGUGUUUGAUUCAUGUGUUUACUGUGAUGUGUUGUGUGGUGAUGUCGGCCCUUUGUACCAAUUGUACAUUUAUACGUUUGUGUCCGGUUGACAAAGAUUGUUUGAACUUUCUAAGAACUUUAUAAAGACUAAGUGCCUUA